AUGGAUAUGAGAGUCCGGUUGAGGAGGGUGAUGAGGAGGAAGAGGGUGUGGGUGCAGGGGCUGGAGAUGAAGGGGGUGCAGAGACAAGGCAGCAGCGUCAAGGAAACAUGGGAUGUCUACUUUGAAGUCACAUUCGGCGGGCUCAGGGGCGAGUGGGGCAUCAAGGGCCUCGUGAUCGGGGCAACAGACGGACAAGGAGGCAAACGUACACGCGGUCCUCGUACCAGCGGUGCAGGCGCUGCUGGUAACCAGGACCACAACGACGACGACGACGAUGAAGACGACGACGACGGUGCUGCAGCCUUGAACAAAGAAGAUGCGGCAACGCAUUGGAAGAGAAGGUUUUUGGAUGCGCGGGCGCGCUGUAGACGGGUGGAGGAGGAGGUUGAGGGCUUGAAGGAGAGGGUUUUGGAUGUUUUGUUGUAA